UCAUGCAGGCUAUACAUACAUGCAAUCAAAAGGAAAGUCAUUCUCGAGACAGAGCAGUACUAGCAAACAAUGUCCGGCCAGCUCGCCAAAGCCUCUUGACUCAGCCUGUUUUAAUUAUCGGAAUUCUCCAGUAUGGUCUAGUGAAUGGAGAGCAACUGACAAUGAAUCUGAAUCUUCUGAUUGGCUCAGUCAAAGUGUUGCUAGCUCAACGUCCUGGUCCGAUGAACUGGAGAGUGAUUUGACCAAGUCACUGCAGGAUCAGAUGUGCUUGGUGGAGAACACCCUGUACAGAGAUGGAAAUGAACAACUUAGUGCCAAGAGUCCGCUAAGAGAAGAGUGCAGACUGUGGCAACAAAACUUUCCACAUCUCAGAAUAUUGGGAGAGGCUGUAAAAUCUUCAGUGGGAUGUCAGACUCGCAGUCGUCAAGAGGAAAUAGAAGAGCAAAUUGACGAAAUCAUAGCAGCUCAUGGUGAUUACGAUGAGAACUCGUCUUGUAAAACAGUGGCGAAAAAGGAAAUCAUUCAAGAUGAGAGUGAAAUUUACAAAGAGAAAAUCAAGAAGGCUGUGAUCGACCAGAUAUUUGCUCGCAUUUGGCCAGAUGUUGUGAAAAGGAUAGAACCUAUGCUACGGCGGGUAGUGAGAAAUCAGGAGGAUGUGUUUAGGAUUAGUCCGGAGUUAAAUUUAAGGUGUGAAAGUUAUAAUGAUGAACUAACGAGUGGGUUUAAUAGUCUAAGUCUGGUUGAUGACCUUUCGUUAAGCUCUUUGAGACCCAGAUCUGGUAGAAAAUCAGCAUUGAGUGCUCGUAGAAGUGCGGCGAUGGUGCCUAUCAAACCGGUUGUUUUAGAGUGUUCGAUUCCCGUUCCAAGCUCAGCAACUAUCAGGACUUCAUCAGCUCUAAGACGAUCCCCUGCCAGGCUGUCCCAGCCCUCACUGACUGUGAAGUAUCCCUCGCCUGAAAGACUUCUCUCCCCUCUGGUCCUGCAGGGUGAAGUCAGGUCUGCAGUGAAAAGUGCCGGAGGGAGAAAAUUGAAGGGGACAGAUAAAAAACCAGAAGCAAGGCCUCGACCCCAGUAUGAUGCUAAAACAGGAAGGAUGAUUUCAAGAGAUGAUUCAAGAUCAGGGCUGCGUAGAAACUUGAAAACCUCUCCUCCUGCGCCUUGGUCCAGACAUGUCACACUUCCACCCAUAGAAUCCACUGAAAUUGUGCCCAAGAUGAUGGAGUCAAAAGCGAAAAGAUCAUCAUCCGCAUUCUUCAAGGGAGGACGGUUGAACUCUGGGUCUCGACCCAACACCUCUCUCACAGCUAAGAACCAGGUGGUGUUGAGUCCACUUGACUCUCUGCAGAUUAAACAGUCGUCAGUGGCAGUGGCCGUCUCCAAACACUGGUCGCCCGAACAGCAAACUUAUGUCAACUGUGAGACAUUCCAGUUAAGGCCAUCAGACCAGCGUCAGAGAUGGAGGAAUCGCAGUAAUGUUCUUAGAAAAUAGUAUUGUUGGUUAAUCUAUGAUAAAAGUAUUUUGUUCAUUAAAUGAAUGUAAAUAUUUUUGUACUGUUAUGUAAAUGCUUAAGCUUUGAGCACAUCUUUUAAUUACUUCAAAUGAAAUGAUGAUGUGAGUUAUUCAACUAUAAUAUUUAUAUACAUAUUAAUUCUUUUAUUUCUUUUUAACAUUAUUUUGUAAAAAUAUUCACUACUGUUAAAAAGAUCUCUCACCCUGAAUCAGAUUAAAUUUCUGCAAAAUGUAAAUUGAAUUUUGAUGUACAGUAAUAUAAUUUUCUAGCUGUAUUGAUCUAUAUAAAUUUGCUAAUACUAAAUAAUUACUUUAAGAUAAGUUACCUAUUUUCCACAUAAAAUAAGUAAUCCAAGGCAGACAUUGCUAUGCUUGUAAAUAUUUUUUUUUAUUAGCAAUAUUGGUUACAAUUAGAUUACAUACCUUUAGUAAAAUUCAUGCAAGUUUUCUUUAAAUUUCUAUUUAUUAUUGUCAAUUACUUCUUUUUUAUCAUUCACAUAAAUAAUAAAACUAAGCAGCGUUAUUUAAGUUUUUACAUAUUUUGUUUCAAACCGGUAUAUUUUGUAUUAAUUAAACUAAAUUACUACCAAUAAUAUAUAUUGUCUAAAAUUUAGUUUCAGAAUUUAGUUUGUUACAGUUAUGGAAAGAAUUUAAGUUGUGCGUAAUGUAAUGAGUAAGAAUUAAAACAAUAGAAUAAAAUUAUAAAUUCAGUUUAAUAAUUUUUUUGUAGAAGUGUUAAAUGAGCAAAAAUUUGAAAGUGAAAAAAACUUUGUUGAAAAAUACUGGUUUACAAAUCACCCAAUCAAUAUAAAUUCUUUUAAAUAACAGAAAUAAAAGAUUAAAUUAUAUGUUUUUAAAUUCUAGUUUGAAGACUUGUCUAUAAAAAAAUUUAGAUCUAUGAGAAUUUGAUUGAGAAAAAAAAUUAAAUAUUGAUAUUUAUAGGGGUAAAUGAGAUUUAAAUACUAUUAAGUUUAACAUGUUUUAAAACCAGAAAUUAUUUUUAUUUUAUCCAGUAAAAAAUAUUGUAGUUUUUAGUAUAAUUUGUACUGUCAUCAGAGCUGGGACCAUGCAUUUGCUUGUAGAAGUGGUUGCAGGAUAAGUGUUUUGAAUUGGUAGGAAUUUGCAGUUCCUGUCCAGAACAUAGCUGGUUUUGUCCAUGUACAGUAUAGGCCUACAUUUCCUCGUUGAUUAUUUUUCUCUCUUGUUAUUUCUCUCACAGGGUUAUUUUACAACUGUUCAUAACUGAUUUUCCCAAGAAUUUAAAAAAGAAUUUACUAUGUUAGAAAAUACAAUUCAAACAUUGGCAACAAAUGUUUCUUGUCAAGAAUAUACUAUAGAUCAAUAUUUCUAAUUCUCACUUUAUUCAGAGUAAUAGAAAUCUGGUAUUAAAAUGAUGAAUAACAUUAUAUACCAAUCACCAAAAACCACCUCCUAACACCAAAACAAUUUUGAUUUCUUGCCUGAAGACCACUAAUGAUUGUAAUGUUGAUCCUUGAUGAAAUUAAUUAUAGAAUAGUCAGUGUUAGUAGUAGAAAAUUUUCCAACAGCUAUCCUCCAUUACUGCAAUAGCAAUUUUGAGUGCCUAUAUCAUGGCACAGUUCUGAAAAACUGCAAUCUCUUCCAAUAAAAAUUAAGGCAAGUGAUUGGUUUUUAAAUGUAAUUUGUAUAUAUAAACAUCUUAAGAGUAAUGCCUCUAGGUCAUUGUUGGGAAUUGUGUUUUUAAUUUGAUUAACAAAUCACAUUAUCUGUGCUUAAGUGAUUACUGUGAAUGGUUAAGUGCUUCUAGUAGAUACUAGUUCUGAGAAACUGGAUGAUUAGGAGCAAUUAAAUCCUAAGCAUUUACGUCGAUUAUACAUACCAAUUAAUUAUUAACGACACUAAAACUGCCUUCCUACAUAUCGAGGAUUAUUUUUUGUAGAUGAUACAUCUAUUGAAACAUCAUUGCUGUGUUGAACUCCAAGGUCACUCUCCUGUCUUUCAUACUGUUGCUAUGGCAUUGUUUUAAUCAGACGUAAUGUUAAAUUCAUGAAGUGAAGAUCCCUCUCUUAUUGUAGUUCUCUGAUCAUAGAGUCCCUACACGAAACGGUCAUUCAUUCACUGUCAUUGACCUGUGCCUGUCAUUGACUUGAUUUAUCAGAGUGCUAUCUUUUAUAGAUAAGGAGACUUUUCUGGAACCAUUUUAUAGAUUUUUAGAUAUAAAAUCUACAGUUGUACUAGCCAUUCCUUUAAUUGUUAUGGUUAUAGUAUUCAGUAAUAUGUCACAGCAAAAGCUGUCAUUUGAAUGAUUUACAUAAGCAUUUCUUUAAAAUGUUAAAAAUUGUUUUUUGAUUCCGUAUUGCAUUCAUUAUUUGUUGAUUUUUUUAAUAACACAACGUUACUGUAAUGUCAAAACAUUUUACCAUUGUGUUGUGUGGUUUAUUAAAUGAGAAAGAAGUAUUAUUAUGUAUUAUAAGAAGUAUUACCAUUGUAGUUAGAAUUUGUUAUAUUUCUUGAUAUAUUUAUUAAUAAUUUUUGGAAUUAUUGUGUUAUUUAUAGUACAAAUCAUGUUAAAACAACUACCAAAGACUGAUUAUAAUAUUAAUUAAUAAUAAUAAAAUUUGGGUUUUUAAUGCA